AUGAGUAUUGAUGACUCACCUAUAAGCUCUCCAAAAUAGUUAAUUGCUGAUGAGGAUGAUGAUAACAUUCCUGUAAAAAAGAAAGGUAAGAAGGGAAGAAAGCCUAAGAAAAAUUCUGAUAGUACUUCCACCAGGAAAGUUAAAUUCUUGUUUAAGUUUAUGCCAGGAGCAGCCAAGAGUAGCUAUGGUAUAUCGGUUGGUGAAAUGGCUGGACUACCUAAAUAACUACUGGACAAGGCGGAAAUAUAAUCUGAAAACUUCAGCAAGUCUCUAGAUUCGAUAAGAGAAUUUAAAAAGAAAUAUGAUUAGAGUAACCAAUUAUUACAAGAAUAAGAGUAACAACCAAAUAAAAUGAUGGAAAUGGAUUGA